AAAGCAGUGUUUCUUUGUUCUGUGAGUGAGUGGACGAAAGUGUUUCUGGACACACCAUUAAUCCCUGCCUUCGAUAUGCAGAGCACCGUGCAGAAUCUGCGCGAAGGAUUGUGGAACCUACCGAGUACGGUGAACAGUUUGCUGAUUGCAGCAUCGGCUGCAUCACCACAACCGCUACCAGCCGACACGCCUGAUGUCGUACCAAAACCGGUGUCCGAUCGAGAUGGUAAUAAUAACGACGGCAACGACGUCGAUGAGGAUGAGGAUCACGAAGGAGAUGAUGUCUGUGGUGAUGAUGGUGAGGAGGAGAGUGCUCCGGAAGAUGAUUUACCGGCAGUAGUCGGGCACCAGGCAGCAAGGGCACGUGCCAAGAUAGUGGAAGAUGAAUGCAACAGUGAGCUAAUGACCAGCUCCGUGCUGAGUUCUUCGCGUCAUACAAGCUCCAACGAAAAUGCGGAUCCGGAUGACGAUGAUCUGGAGGCCGGCUCAAUACCGGCAGAGGAUAAUGUGGCCGGUUCCGGCGAAAUGAUGCCGUACGCUCUGGUUCGUGAGCAGUGGCAAGCCAUGCUGCUCGGCCAGGAAGUGGGCUUGGGCGAGAUCAGUCAGGCGAUUGAAAGCUGUAAGGCUCUCAUUCAUACCACCGAUUCGCUGGACGAGAACGAACGCAAGUGGUUGGUGCGUUAUCUGAUUGAGCUGCGCUACCGACGCCGGGAACUGCUAGACGUCGAUUGGGAUCCGGAGGCGGUACUCGAGGAAACGAAAAUCAUACUUGGGCACCAUUUCGUGCGUCGGCGCAAGCAUCCACAACGCAAGCAGCGGCACCUAUACUGUGACCACUGUUCCGGCGUUAUCUGGAACGUCCUACAGUCCUCGUACGUUUGUAGCGACUGCUCUUUUGCCGUUCACGGUAAGUGCGUCGAAAAGGUGCUGCGCAUCUGUGCGCACGUUGUGACAACCGAACACAGUGGCCCGAUCGAGUGUAUCUGUCCCGAGAUUGGUCUAGCCUUUCAACGGUACACCUGCGCCGAGUGUGCUGUUCAGCUUAGCUAUCAUGUCUCAACGCCAGUUGGAUGCUUCGGACUGGAAUUUAAAGCAGAGAAGCUUAACGCAAUCGAACCUCGACUUUGCGAUUACACCGGACUCUACUACUGUCCGGCGUGCCACUGGAACGAUAUGAGCAUAAUCCCGGCCCGUAUCAUGAACAAUUGGGACUUUGUGCCGCGUAAGGUGUGCCGAGCGUCACGGCAGCAGAUUGCUCUGCUACGGUCACGUCCAGUCAUACGGCUCGAAGACAAAAACCCACGCCUUUUCACCUUCAUUCCGGCCCUGGCCGAAGCGAAACGGAUGCGGAUUCAGUUUGGGGCCAUGAAAAAAUACCUUACAGUUUGUCGGUUGGCCGACGAGGAGAGGCUGGUGGAGCGGCAAUUCGGUGAACGCCGGCAUCUCAUGCAAUCGACGGACCUGUACAGUGUGUCCGAUCUAGUGGGCAUCGAGAAUGGGUCGUUGCUUGGAUACCUGCGCACAGUGUAUGCCGCAUUCGAGCAACAUAUUCGAAACUGUUUGAUAUGUUCCGGUAAGGCGUUCAUCUGCGAGCUGUGCAACAACGAUGCCGUACUGUUUCCCUUCGACGCCUGUGCCAUAAGCUGCGCCCGCUGUAACACCGUUAGCCAUCGCGACUGCUUUUUGCGCAAAGGCAAAAGGUGUGCCAAGUGUGCCAGGCUGCGCAAGCGAGCUCUUCAGACGCUACAGGAACAGCUGGAUAUCGAGAAUGGAAACUAGGAGAGAAAAAAAUCAAUCGCACGUUAACUCAUCCGCUCCACGAAGCUUCCGUGUGUCCGCCUACCGUUGUAUCACCGUGCUUCGCAAUGCGCUUAUCUAGGGCUUUAUCGCACAGACGAAAACAAUAAAGCCUAUCCUGAACAGA